CCAUUUUCGACUGAAAACCUUUUUUCUUCUUCUUUUCAAAUUUACAUCAGCACCCCAGUAAAAAAAUCGUUCUCAGUGCCCUGGAUAUUUCAUUCCAUUGAUGGGCUGUUAUUGUAUAAUUGUGUCACAUUUCGGUCCAAUAUAUUCAUUUUGCCGAUUUUGGUUUCAUCAGUUUGUUGACAGAGCUCCACUAUGUCACUAAGGAAGUUAGAUUUCUUAAUUUGAAAUCAGCAUGUUUACUGACAUGACUGAAUAAUCCUAUUCUAUUCAAAACGGAACUAUUAACUGUUUGGAGUAUUUGAGGAACUUUCACGGUUUCUGCCUGUGCGGAACAACUGAAUGUAUUCAUACGUAGAAUAAACCAACGUCCCCAAUAUACUAUUGUCAUGAAUCAUAUCGGUUUGUUAUUAAAUCCUCUUUGUAUUUUGAUCGAAGGCUAGACGGUACAGUGACUCUCAAAUACAUGAUGACGUAGAUGGUAUCAGACACCCCCGGCACACACCCACCCCCGAUGACCUGAAACCCGGGAAACCUGCAGCAGACCGCGCGGUUUGCGUUGUUGAGGAAGUAAACAUCAUUAUUAUGUUUUUGCAAAGAUACGUUUAUCAGUAUCAGAAGUCUGUGGAUUGCUCAAGUGACGAUGUAAGCCAACUCUACACCUUUCUCCCUAAGAAUGAGAUCAGCGAUAUAUACAUAGAUUUCUAUAGUCGUCAUGUUGGGUUGACCUUCACUGGCAGUUCUUGUUCUCUCAUAAAAUUACAUUAACAUAUUCGAAGAUGGUGUCUCGAAGUGUUGUAAACGCCUGGAAACUGGCGCUCAUGACUACCCUUCUUCAGACGAGUUGUUACGCGCAAGAGCGUGACAUUCGUCUUUUUGGAGGAAGGGGGAGCUACGAAGGACGGGUCGAAGUCAGAGUCAAUGGUCGUUGGGGCACAGUCUGUAACGACACCUGGGAUUCCCAAGAUGCUUCGGUGCUAUGUCGGGAGCUUGAUAACAGAACAGCCAUCAGACACGAUGUGAUGUACGGUGAAGGAGUGGGACCUAUCUUCUAUUCUAACGUCAUGUGUACAGGUGGAGAACAACGGCUGCAGGAUUGUUCAAAAACGGAUUCUUCCUUGGAUGUCUGCCAGCAUUCCCAAGAUGCAGGGGUUCAAUGCUCCGCCAAAGAGCUUGAUCUUCGCUUAUCCGGUGGAUCAGCACCAAACGAAGGUCGAGUAGAAGUUUACUACAGGGGUAACUGGGGCCGGGUUUGUGCUGGUUCGUCUUGGGACAAAAGGGAAGCUGACGUCGUUUGUCGAGUAGUCGGAUAUCCGACCGUUGCCCAGGAACCGAGGGGUAGUUUCGGGAGCGGCAGUGGCGCUGUGUUCCUUGUUAACCUGAUGUGUGCUGGGACAGAAAAUACUGUGAUGGCAUGCAGUUCUUCUGUAAGCGGUCCCGACGCCCCGCAAUCUUGUCCAGAUGGUUUGGAAGACGCAACGGUUAUUUGCAAUCCGAAUCCAGAAGUGGUAACUGAACAGUUAUCCACGGGGGCCAUUGCCGGGAUCAGUGUUGGAUUUGGUCUGGUCAUCGUAGUCUGUUGUAUCUUCAGUCUAAACUGUAAAUGUAAAGAUUGCUGUAGGAGAGGUGAAUUGGAUGACACAGACGUGUAUCAGUGUAACACAGCCAGCAAUGCAGAUAGCAAAGUGUUCAGUACCACAUCCAACCUCAAGAGUGACACCGAUAACCGCAAUGAUUCCAUCUCAGACAUUGAUCCAAACAUGUUCGUCUUCGUUCCCCCUGCUGGGUUCGGUGCGUCGUCUGGUACCGGUGAAUCUAAUAACGUGCUUUCAAACAUUGAUGAAACAAAAGAACCGGAUAGAGAAGUAACCGAAUCCGAUAAAAAAGACGAUCCCAUUUACCACACCAUAAGAGAUGAGCAGAAGACUUCCAAGGCGGGAGAUGAUGUAACCAUGACAACCGAUGAAAACACCCACGAGUACGAUUACGUGGCUCGAGUUAAAGGCCCGGACAAUGCCGAGAAUGAGAGCGAAACGGUAACAAUUGAUUUACAGGGAGAUGCUCAUUUUGCAAAGAAAAAUCAUGACCACGGCAACACCGAGCAAGUAGAAAACAAUUACCUAGAACUUGAGGACAUUGGCGACUCUUUUCAAAAUGGAGAUGUGGGAAAAGAGGAUGAGGGCGUAUCAAUGGAACAACAAGCAGGAGAACAAGUUAACAUCAGCAUGACAAAUGAAGACACACCUCUCGAAUCACGUGACCAGUCAGAGUCUGAUGAUCAAGGCAUUCCCAAGCGCGUAGAAAAUGAUUACUUAGAGCUUGAAAAUAUUGAUGACUCUUUUCAAAAUAGAGAUGUCGGAAGGAAGGAUGAUAGUGGAGAUCCAGCAAUUGAACGAGAAGGAGAACAUACAAACAUCGGCAUGGCGAAUGAAAACACUCCUCUCGAAUCACGUGACCAGUCAGAGUCUGAUGAUCAAGGCAUUCCCAAGCGCGUAGAAAAUGAUUACUUAGAGCUUGAAAAUAUUGAUGACUCUUUUCAAAAUAGAGAUGUCGGAAGGAAGGAUGAUAGUGGAGAUCCAGCAAUUGAACGAGAAGGAGAACAUACAAACAUCGGCAUGGCGAAUGAAAACACUCCUCUCGAAUCACGUGACCAGUCAGAGUCUGAUGAUCAAGGCAUUCCUGAGCGCGUAGAAAAUGAUUACUUAGAGCUUGAAAAUAUUGAUGACUCUUUUCAAAAUAGAGAUGUCGGAAAGGAGGAUGAUAGUGGAGGUCUAUCAACUGAACGAGAAGGAGCUCCUCUCGAAUCACGUGAUGAAUCACAUGCUGGAUUGACGUCACAUUCUGAAGGUGCAGAACCUGUUAUUAACGUUGAUGCAUUUGAUUCACGGUUGUAAAUUAUAAUCAAGAUGAUAUCCUGGAUUAUUGUGACAUUUCUUUAAUUACGAUUUUAUUUAUCUCUCAAUACAUUAAAUACCACCACCAGGACAACUGCAAUGUUCAUUUUAGGAAAAUUGAGUUACACAAGACCUUCAACAAAUUGAGGGGGCUUGGACAAUUUGAUGGGGGAGCUGCAGCCUCUAAAGCAUCCCCCCCACCCUGUUAGAAUUGCACAUCUCGCAAACUAGUAUGGAGGGAGAAAAUAAAGUACGUAAUGGGAAGACGAGCUGAGUUUUUAGGCUUCUGUAUUAUCUUUAAGUAGCUGGCCUAUGCAAAGUAACUUAUUUUUAGUCUGUAUGACAGAAGUAUCAUUAAGAUCAAGACUCGUCAAAAAGGGGUUCGAGGUUAAUUGUCCCCAACAAGAACAUUUCGUUUCUGAAUAACUUUGAACAGCCACUUUUUUAGGUUUUUAUAAAACCAUUUAAGGCUCUUGAGCACGUAGAAUCUUUUGGGAAACCAUUUUUAUCGAGGGUUCCAAAAACGGGACAAAAGGGUUCCAGUUCGCAGAUUUUUUUAUAAUAGUGCAGAUCAAAAACUUGAAAUUGGAUUACAAUAUUUGCAGUUCUUUAACUUUCAAUCCAUUAUACAUGCCUGGUAAAGUGCAACUAACAUCAACCUUUAGGGGUCGCGGAACGGUUUUGAAAGUGGGGGGCUGACCAUGCCAAAAAUCAUAAUCCGAAUCAUUUUUGCCUAUUUGUAAACGGUUUUAGAUUAAAGUAUAUGGGCUGAAGCACCCGCAGCCCCUCCCCCCUGUUUCCGUGGCCCCUGAACCUACCUACGCUAUAAAACAAAUCUCAAAGUAGUUUUGUUGCGUGUUCAUUACCAUGUGACUUGUCUUUAUUUCAUUCUCUUUUUUUCUUUUAUUUCCGUUUUCUUGGUGUAAUUGAUGUAACUGUUUAUUUCAUUUGAUUCCAGAUCCAUCGUGAUUUUACGUUUCCUGCUUUGGAAUGGUAAACUCUGGUAUAAUAACAUGGGUGUAUUGUUUCGUUGUCUUCAUAAUUAUGAUCCGGCUGUAUUCUUCCUCUCUUCCUAAAACCAUAUAUAUACUAACAAGCUAGAACACGCAACAGGAGAUAAUCAGGAACUUUUCAUUAACUUUAACAUUGACCGUCACUUUGUGCACAUGAUAAAUCCAACGCCCCAAUGCGUGCAUGGGUAUAUCACUUUCCAAUUCAUGUCCUAAAAAAACAGAUUCUUUCGCGGAAAAUAUUGUAUGAAAUUGUUUUUAACAGGAUUAAUCUUAUGGUUUUACAUGGACAUUUGUUCCAACGCAUGUGAUGGGAUGGGAAUCUAGUAUGUAUGUUUCUGAUGUCCAAUCACUAAAUUUGUAAGAUACGUGUCAAAAGCCUCUGUCAUAGAAAAUUAAAACCUCACCGAGAGAUGGCGCUAGAUAUCCAAGAUUUGAAUAUUUGACAUUUUUAAAGAGAAUU